AAGGCUCUAGCUUUGUACAGUGUGUUCAGCUUUUACUUCUUUGAGUAGUAAAACACUCCAAGUUUGCAGAGUAGCACUGAGGUAAUUUUCCCAGUGAUUCUCGUAGGCCACCUUUGGUAAGUAGUUUGUGUAUCAAGAAUGGGAAGCCAGAGAGGCUGUGAGAAGCCAAGGACCAGUGUGGAAAUUUCUCUUUGAAGUGCUCCAGGAGUAAACGUGUUAAAUGUUUUCAUCGGAGACGAAAAAAAAAAAAAAAAAAAAAAAAAAAAGCGCGAAUUGUGGAUCUGCAAUAAAAGUUUAUAAAAGAGAAAGAAAACCCCGCACGCCUAAGAGAGUAGGAAAGAAAGUACACGUUCGCUUUUUAGCAGCUUUUAAUGUUAGAAUGUAAUCGCUGGGGGCAGAGCCCACUGCAGUGGGACCUCCCUCGCAGAACUGCCGGGAUAAAUCCACUUCCCCCAGCAAGGCAGGCGCCUCCUCGAAAGGAGCGAGAGCCUUGCAGUUGCUCCGGAGCCACAGGAAUAGCCAUGUCCCCGGGGAAGAUCUGCUGCCUGGUGCUGCUGACCCUGGGAGCGCUGGCAGCGGCAGUGACACUUGCGGUGAUCCUGACUCAGCCCAGGUGCGGUCCGCAGCAGUACCUGCACGGUGCCGUGGCUGCUGACACCGAGAGCUGCUCCCUGGUCGGCCGGAACAUCCUGAAAAGUGGAGGCACAGCUGUGGAUGCUGCCAUUGCUGGCUUGAUCUGCACUUCAGUGAUGAACCCUCAGAGUUCAGGCCUGGGUGGUGGGGUCGUAUUUACCAUCUAUAAUGCCAGCACAGGAACAGUCGAGGUGAUCAACGCCCGCGAGACAGUCCCACGAGUGUUUCCUCAAAACUUACUGUCUGGCUGUAACACUGGUUUUCCUGUUGGUCCCUUCUGGAUUGGCGUGCCUGGAGAACUCCGUGGGUAUGAGGAAGCCCAUAAGCGACACGGCCGUUUACCAUGGAAAGCCCUGUUUGAACCAACCAUCAAGCUUCUUUCAGAGCCACUUGCCAUUUCCCCAGUUCUGGACAAAAUUCUCCAAGACCCAGCCUUCUCUGUUCUGGGGAGAAGACUGUGCCCACUGCUAUGUGAUGGUCAAAGGCUUCUGAAGCGUGGCGAGACCUUCCGGUGGCAAGCGCUGCAGCAAACACUGCAAGCUGUAGCAGAACAGGGAGCUGCAGCGUUUUAUGAGGGAGAGAUAGGAAGGGCCCUGGUGCAGGAUGUCCGCAAGGCUGGGUCCAGUCUCUCACUGGAGGACCUUCAGGCGUACAAAGCAGAGGUGUCCUCAGCUCUGAACAUCACCCUGAACAACGACACCAAAGUAUUUGCUCCAGGACCACCCAUGGGAGGUGCAGUGCUCAUGUUCAUCCUCAAGGUAUUGGAAGAGUAUAAAUUCCAUAAAGGAUCACUGGCAACACUCGAGGAGAAGGUAGAAACCUAUCACAACAUUGCAGAAGCCCUGAAGUUUGGCAACAUGCUAAGACCCUAUAUGAGUGACCCAGCCUUCUUUGAAGUUCCGGUGCCUGUGGGGACCCUGCUGUCUGACCAGUUUGCUGAGUUUGUGAGGCAGAAGAUAGACACUCGUGGUGACCACUCACUCAGCCACUACAACCUGCUGGAGUCCCUCUACAAUGACAAAUACAGAAGUAUGGGCACGAGCCACAUCUCUGUGCUGGCUGCUGAUGGCAGUGCUGUGUCUGCCACCAGCACUAUCAACUACCCGUUUGGCUCCUCUGUGUAUUCUAACCAAACCGGGAUCAUUUUAAAUAAUGAACUUGCUGACUUCUGCAUAACAAGGAGAAACAUUAAAUCAGGAGAGAAGCCUCCCUCAUCGAUGGUGCCUUCCAUCCUCAUCUCCAAGUCAGGAGACAUGCUGGUGAUUGGAGGAGCUGGGGGGUCCUGGAUUAUCAGUGCUACCACCAUGGGGAUUAUAAACAAGCUGUGGUUUGGCUACGACUUGGAACAAGCCAUUUCAGCUCCUGUCAUGCACACCCAGGGUGACAAUGUCCUGUUUGAGCAGUCUUUCAGCAAGGAGGUUAAGACUGGCCUGCUGGGAAGAGGACAUAAAGAAAAGAAAGAUCAAUUUGCAAUGAAUGUUGUACAGGGAAUUUCCAAGGAAGGAAAAUGCAUCUCUGCUUAUUCUGAUAAAAGGAAGCUGGGGAAAUCAGCUGGAUAUUAG